AUGCAGGCCGGUCGCAUCCUGUACGACGUGCCGUGCCGUGUUUCAGGUCGCAUCCUGUACGACGUGCCGUGCCGAGUGUGCCAGGACCACUCCUCGGGGAAGCACUACGGCAUAUUCGCCUGUGACGGGUGUGCUGGCUUCUUCAAGCGGUCGAUCCGCCGCGCGCGGCAGUAUGUCUGCAAGGCGAAGAGCGCGGGGCGCUGUGUGGUCGACAAGACUCACAGGAACCAGUGCCGCGCCUGUCGCCUCAACAAGUGCAUCGAGGCGGGCAUGAACAAGGACGCGGUGCAGCACGAGCGCGGUCCUCGCAGCUCCACGUUGCGGCGCCAGAUGGCGCUGUACCUGAAGGAGGCCGGCUCGUCUUCCCCGCACAGAGACUCCGACCAGGCGCCCCUGCUGGGCAUGGUCGCGCCCAAGGCAGCGUCCUACCGUCCUGUGCUGCCCUUGCCGCUGGCUGCUCCGCCGCCCAGCGCAGAGGCGGUGUGCGAGUCUGCUGCCAGGCUGCUCUUCAUGAACGUGCAGUGGGCCAAGAGUGUGCCAGCCUUCACGGCCCUCGCCCUGCACGACCAGCUGAUGCUGCUGGAGACCAGCUGGAGAGAGCUGUUCGUGCUGGGGGCGGCGCAGUUCCUGCCCCCGCUGGACCUGGGGGCGGUGCUGACGGCCUGCGGUACGCUGCACGCCCGCCCCCCGCUGCUGCGCGAGGUGCAGCUCUUCCAGGAGAAGCUGGACGACAUCCGCCGCAUGCUGGUGGACCCGCACGAGUUCGCCUGCCUGCGCGCCAUCGCGCUCUUCAGCACGGCCGGCGGCGACAGCCUGCAGGACCCCGCGGCUGUGGUGGCUCUGCAGGACCACACACAGCUCACCCUCAACAAGUACAUCAGCACCGCCUACCCCGCGCAGCCCUUCCGCUUCGGCAAGCUGCUGCUGCUGCUGCCCUCGCUGCAGCUGGUGUCCAGCCACACCAUCGAGGAGCUGUUCUUCCGGCGCACCAUCGGCCACAUCCCCAUCCAGCGGAUCAUCAGCGACAUGUACAAGACCAGCGACCUGUGA